AUAAUUCAAUGUAGCAGUAACCAUACCAAAAGCUUAUCUCUCUCUGUGUCCUAUUAAUAACCAACAAGUUCAACGCAAGUUCACCAUACCUGGUCUUUCAAGGCUCAUCAAACAAACCGUCGAAACGAAAUGGCAUGCAAGGGGAAGAUAAGCUGCAUGUGGGGGAUGUUCCUUCUUAUGGUGCUAGUUUGUGAAGCUAGGGUCCCCGUAACUUCAGGAUUCAUUCAAACCAGAGACAGCCAUUUUGUACUAAAUGGAUCCCCAUUCCUCUUCAAUGGUUUCAACUCAUACUGGAUGAUGUAUAUUGCAGCAGAGCCAAGUGAACAACGGUACAAAGUAUCGAAUGUAUUUCGUGCGGCUUCAGCUUCUGGGCUCAAUGUCUGCCGCACAUGGGCUUUUAGUGAUGGAGGUUACCAAGCACUGCAAACAUCUCCGGGAGUUUAUGAUGAGCACGUCUUUCAGGCACUCGAUUUUGUGAUCUCGGAGGCCGGAAAGUAUGGAGUUCGUCUAAUUUUGGCUUUGAGUAACAAUUACCAAGACUUCGGAGGAAGACCUCAGUACGUGAAAUGGGCUAGAAGUGCUGGCAUCCCCAUUAACAGUGAUGACGAAUUUUACACAAAUGCAGUUGUGAAAGUUUAUUACAAGAACCAUGUCAAGAAAGUGCUAACAAGGAUCAAUACCGUAACUGGAAUUGCAUAUAAAGAUGAUACGACGAUUAUGGCUUGGGAGCUAAUGAAUGAACCACGUUGCCAAGUCGAUUCUUCUGGCAAGACCAUAAACGGGUGGGUUCAAGAGAUGGCUUCACAUGUUAAAUCCAUUGACAACAAACACUUACUGGGAAUCGGCAUGGAAGGUUUCUAUGGAGACUCGAUUCAAGAUAGAAAGCAAUAUAAUCCAGGAGGUUACCAAGUGGGAACAGAUUUUAUAAGCAAUCAUCUGAUUAAAGAGAUCGACUUUGCAACCAUACAUGCUUAUCCUGAUGCUUGGCUUCCAGGACAGAACGAUUACGCACAAGCGACAUUCAUGCAAAGGUGGUUGACGAGUCAUUGGACAGACUCGAGGACUGUUUUAAAGAAGCCAUUGAUCUUCGCUGAAUUUGGAAAAUCAAAUAAAGAUUCUGGGUAUAGUAUAAGCGCUAGGGACUCGUUCUUGAACACUGUUUAUACAAACAUCUACAACUUGGCCAGAAAUGGAGGAACAAUUGGCGGGGGUUUAGUUUGGCAAAUCAUGGCUGAAGGGAUGGAAUCGUAUAACGAUGGAUAUGAGAUUGUUUUAUCCCAAAACGCAUCUACAACCAGUGUCAUAGCUCAACAAUCUAGUAAAAUGAAGGCACUUGAACAUUCAUUGAAAUAGCCCACAUGAAUGCAUGCAGUAAGAUUCUGUGUAAGCGAAAUAACCGAUCGAGACUAGCAGCCGCAAUGAAGCAUAUCAUGUGAGGAAAAAGAAAAACAACUGAGCUUAGCAUAUUAGUUGUAGCUGUUUAGGGUUUUGAGUCUUUGACACUUGGAAUAUACUAGCUAGGAUUUUAGCUACAUGCGUGAAAGAUGAUACCUUAAGAUGGAAUUUGUAUCCUAUGUUUCCUUCUUAUAUAUGCAUGAAAUUUGCUUGCGAUUUUGCUGGUCUUUGAACAGCAGAUCGAUCGAUGCAUUAAGAGCCUGCAUGUUAUAUAUACAAUGAGUGCGUCCUAGCAUGCACGGACAUAUAAAAAUGUUCCAACUGAGGUUUCUGUCAACAGAGGUUGCUGAUCUCUUCUACUGCUCCACCAUACAUAUUCA